GACAGAAGUCUCUUUUCCACAAAUCUCACUUGACCAUGGGGAUUUUUUUGUGACACUGCAUAAAUCAUAAUAUUCACAAUACCUCCUGACCACGCUGUAAAUUGUCAUGCCAGUGCCAACUAUGGCAGAAGCCCUGGUUGAUCACAAGAAACGUUUUCAGGCUGCAGUGGAUGUCAUUCAUAACCUUCCCAAAAAUGGCUCCUACCGACCCUCCUAUGAAGUAAUGCUACGUUUCUACAGUCUGUACAAGCAGGCAAUAUGUGGACCCUGUACACUGUCUCGACCUGGCUUCUGGGACCCAGUGGGACGCUACAAAUGGGAUGCCUGGAGCCGUUUGGGAGACAUGAGCACUGAGAGCGCCAUGGCGGCAUAUGUGGAGGAGAUGAAGAAAGUAGCACAGGAGGUCAUAGACACACUACCAAUGAAUGAGAAGACGGCCUCGAUGUUCCAUCAUUUUGAGCCUCUCUACGUGGUCAUUGAUGACAUGCCGCGGCCCCCGCAGUCACUUUUAAGUCUCAAAGAAGGUUUCGAAGUCACUGUGCAGGCCGAAAUCCUGUCAAAGGAGAAGGAUGAAGUGUGGGGGGAGGAGGAAGAAGGUGGUCAAGAAAAGGAGCCCUUUGCCAAUGAAGGUCCAACCUUAGGGCAGGAAUUUGCUCCGUCUGACAUACAGGACCUCACAGUUAGCACUAUACCCCAGGACUCUGGUCUGUCUGAGGUUUUGGUGUUGACCAGUGACUCUGAGAGUGAGAUCUUCUGUGACUCAGUGGAUUCAGUGGAGCAACUUAAAAGCAUCAGGGUCGAGGUCUUCAAGCCCACCGGCAUUCAGAAUGGCCACGUGUACCUGGAGUCCACUCCAGGUCAAUCCCAACACCUGGAAACUGUUCCAGGGGUGAUAGAGGCGGGAUCAGGCCAAGGUGGAGAGGGGGUAGGGGAUGAAAAGGGUCUGCCCAUCAGGAGGAGCCGUGACAACCGAAGAGAAGGUGCACACCACAGCUGGAGAGAACGUGGUGUUCCCCAGGGCAGUCUAAGACAGCCAACGUGGGGAGGCAGUGGCGCCGGACGAGGGGGAGGGGAUGGCUCAGAGGGUGGGAAUGAGCAGUUGCAGGACACCCAGCUGCAGCAGCAGAUCAUCCUAGCCCUGCGGAGGCUGAGGGAGGACAUGAGGAGUGUGAUGAAUAGGCUGGAGGUGGUGGAGAGACUUGCUGCCACAUACGCUCAGGGUUCAGACUGGAGACUAUGCAUGCGGUGUGCAACAGCUAUCUCUGAACAAGAGGAGGAAAAAUGGUGGCCGUUCGAUGUAUCUGGUCGCACCCUGCUUCUCCUGCUGCUGUGGCCCUUCAUCGCUCAGGGCCUUGUCGUCCUGCUGAGGAGAGCCCAGAGGAGAGGUCAUAUUCCCUCGUGAGGAUAACAAAGAUGCCCAUCCAUCCAUCCACCCACCCAUAGGAAUCCGCCAGCUAAAUACGGGGUUCACUUUCUUUAGGGGAAAAGUUGUUAGUUCACAGGAAGGUUUUCUCAACCCUACGGUGUGUAGCACUGUUGGGUAAAAUGGUUCUUACUUUGUGAACGGUGAAAAGGUAGCAGGUAGGUUGAGGGUUUCAUGGACAUGCUAUGAAAGGCGUUCUGCCUGAAGAGAAAUGUACGUGUUUCUGUUGUAUAGCUCAGGCUCCUAGAGCUAUCUUCUUUUCCUCAUUGAGUAACUAAUCACCAUUUAAAUUAUUAAAGUUGAUUAUAUGCUUCUGGUAAACAGAGCUGAUAAUUUAUUUUUGAGGUGAGGUCCACCAGCCAACAGCUUAUAACCAGGAAUGUUAAGUACUCGUGACUUUUAGUUGGCGAGUAUAAACAUAUUGUAUUCGCCAUAAUUUGGAUGAAUGCCAAUGCCAAUUACGAAAAGCUAAAAUAAGAGACCAGGGGUGUACCUGUAUUUUCAUGGUUGCGGACAAAUGGAGGAUUUAUGGCUCCAGUUAAAACAGCUGAUCCUGGAUAUAGCCUUAGCUGGAGUUUGAUUUACAUUUGUAAUGAGGUGCAAAUAUGUAUAUACUACCAAUGUUGCAUGCAGAAUGCCACGUCUCAGCUUGAUGGGUUCACUUUUUUUUUAAAUCAAGAUCUCUUUAAAACAUCUGGCGUCAUUUAGAAUCGCAGACAAAACCACUGAUUCCUUCAGCGCCAAGAAACUUAACUGAACUGUAUCGUCAGGCUCGCCGGGUUCUCAAUAGUGAAGCGAUCAAUGAAGUUUUCGUCUACACUAGGCUAAAUGAUGCCCAACAACAUUUUAAUGAGAUCUUGGCUCAGCACUGACAAAUCUAUCCGAGGUGGAUCCUCUGGUUCAGUAAAGGCUGCAUGAGUGCAUCUGCCACUUUAAAAGACGGCGUCUUUUAAACCUGAGGCCUUAGUCCUAAACUGUGAAAGUCGUUGGUUCAGAAUGGACAUUGUUUAUACGGUAUGUGUAUGCAAAUGAGUACAGAGGUACAUUUCUUUAUUCCACCAAAGGUUGAGAGACAUUUUCAAAGCUGUUUGUUACAUUAGGAACUAUUAUAUGUAUGACAAAUAUAAGAUCAAAUUAAAAAAGAAAAGUUAACCAUC